GCUCAAGACACGGGGGGGAUUCCGUGUGCGAAGCUUGGCAGGCAUGGCAUCACCGAUGGAGGAAGUGGGGGAGCAAGUCUACGCCACGCUGGUGAGGGAAGUUCUCAGCAGCCAAGGGCUCAUGGCGGAGGAUCAGCUGAUACUGGAGCGGCAGCUGAUGAUCUACCACUGCGCGGCAAAGCUCCACGUGCUCCGCGAGAAGCUCAUGGCGCUCUGGCGCGAGGAGAGCGUAGAGGUGCCGGAGCCCUACGGGAGCGCCGCUGCGCGGGUAAAGGCCCAGUGGGAUAGCUGGCCUUCGGCCUUGAAGACCAAGAAGGUUUUCGGCCACUCCAACGCCAUCAAGUUCCUGUCGAUGCCCAACGUGCCAUCCUCCUGCAGCUGCAUCUUCCUGCGUAGCGGCGGGCUCUGGAGCUUUCCCGGUUGCAAGGAUCCCAUCGCUGAGCUGGAAGCAAAAGGGGCAGUGCUGGUGCUGUGCAUGGACAGCUACGUCAAGGGCUCUGUGGUCAUUGUGAAUCCCCUCUUGCAGAGCGAGCUCAAGGUGCCGGAGGCGUCGGAGGUCCUGGCGCGGCAAAUCCUCAAGGAGCCGGAGGUUUGGCGCAGGUUUCUUAAGACGGAGCAUGACCUGGUCAGCCCCGCCAGUGCGGCUCUGGUCCGGCAGGUCCUGAAGGGCAACCAGGCCACACCCCGCAAGCCCAGGCCGCCCGCGGAGGAGGAGACCCCGGAGAAGGAGAAGGCGCCGAAAAAGCCGGAGGAGAAGGAUGCGUUGGCCCAGAAAGCCUACAGCAAGAUCGUGGAGUCUCUGCUGCGAGAACUUGACUAUUUCAGCGAGCCGUUCCAAGGCCUGCAGUGGCUGGAGAACAAGAAGCAGCUCCUCGUCUAUCACCACUGCGCCAAGUUGCACGAGCACAAGGACCAGGUCCUGCAGCUGCUGGCGGGGAAUGAGGCUGAGGCUUCGCUGCCGCCGGUGUACGUCCGCGCCGUGGAGGCGGUGAGAGAGGAGGUGGCCGCCAUGUUCAAGGCUCCGGACUCUGAAGGGCAGAAGAUGAAGAAGAUCUUCAGCCACGACCACGUGAUCCGCUUCCACUCGGUGAAGAAUCUUCCGGUGACCAGAGAGAGCUGCGUAUUCCUGCGGGAGAGGCCGCAGAGCUCCAGCGACGUGCUGCGGAAGGUGCCCUCCAUCUUCCGGGAUCUCAUCCGAUAUCGCUGGCAGGGCAGCCCCUUGAUGGAGCUGGAGCAUCAUCACUUGGCCUUGGUCUUGACUGUGCAUGACCGGCUGCCGCGCGCUUUCCUGGUCAUCUCCCCGCUCUUUGCCAAGCCGGAGCUACUUGAGGAGCUUUCCGGCAAAAGCUGGCCUGAGAUUGAGGAGGCCUUGAAGGACGAGCUGCCGCAACUGAUUCGCAAGGAGUCAGACGUGUGGCGCGCCUUUAUCCAAAGACAUGCAGAUAUGGUCAGCAAGGACUCGCUGAAGAUCAUCCAGAAGGUCCUGAAGGGCUGCCAGCCAGGCAGCGGCCUGGGCGAGUUCAGCAUGCGCUUCGCAGAGGACGUCGACGAAGCCAACCAGGCAAGGGAGUUGUCUCAGAUGAAGCUGGCAGAAUCUGAGCAGCGCUGGGACAUGGCCGCGCAGAUGGCCUUGGCCGACGUGGACAUGAGGUGCCAAGAGGCCGAGACCAAGGUGAAGAAGAACCUCUCCGCCCUGGGCCGUGCCAAGCGGGCCCUGCGCACGCAGGCCAUAAAGGUCAAGGCGGAGGCCGAGGCGAAGCUAGAGACGCUUCAGAAGACCCAUCGCGAGCAAGUCGCGGAACUGAGCAAGGACCUUUCGAAGACGCAGCAGGCCUUGACCGCGCAGGAGCUUCUGGCGUUGCAGCGGGGCGAGGAGGUACAGAUUCUGGAAGAUUCCAAGCAGGAGCUGCUUCAAGCCUUGGCCCAAGUGGCCGCCACUUUUGCCAGCGACAAGAAGCGGUGGCAGACCAAGAACGCAGUGCUGAAACAGCACUUGAAGCAGACCAAGAAGGAACAACAGGAGCUGUGCGCCAAGGAGCGGAAAGCAGCAGAGGACACCUUCAAGACGAUGCUCCAGGAGGCUCAGGCAAAGUUUGUGGAGGUCCAGACGGCGACGGUGGAUGAGCAGCAGAAGUUGGUGAAGGAGGCGGAGCUGCAGCGGGCCUCCGCGGCGCAGCGGUGUCAGCAGGCAGAGCUGGAGAAGACGAAGCUCCAGGAGCUGCAGCUCGCGGCGCAGCAGAAGGCGCAGCAGCUGGAGCAGCAGCGCUGCGCCUCCCAGGCGGCGCAGCAAGCGGCGGAGGCGCAGCUCGCCGUGCAGACGGCCGCGCUGCAGAGGACCAGUCAUUUCAACGUGGAGCUGCGUGCUGAUUGCGCCAAGCUGGGCGCAGAAACCGCUGAAGCCCAGAAGGCCGCCGCCAGCGCCGCAGAGGCCCAGCGCAAGGCACAGCAACAGCUGGCCCACUGCCAGGAGGAGCUCAAGGCUGCUAAGGACAUUGCAGAGAAGGAGCUGCAAAGUGCACAGGCGGCCGGGCGAAAAGCAGAGCAGGAGUUGCUCGCUGCCCGCACUGAUCUUGCAGCGGCACAGGAUGAGGCGGCGCGCAUCGGCCAGAGCUGUGCACAGCUGCGACUGGCGGCGGCCAAGGUCACCGUGGUCGAGCAGGAGAAGACCAAGCUGGAGGAACGGCUUCAGCAAGCCACUGGCGAAGCCGCGACGGCUGCAGCCCGCGUGGGGUCUUUGGAGACCAAGUGCCAGGAGCUCUUCGACUCAUUGCGAAGCUGCGAGGCCCAACUCUCCAACAAGCCUGAGAGGCUGGCGCAGCUCCAAGACUGCAAUCUGAAGCUGCGGGGCCAAGUGGCAGAGUCGGCGGAGAUGCAGCAGCAAGCCACGCUGCAGAUGGAGAAAGCGCAGGAGCAGCUGGCGGCAGAGUCUGCUCGUCUUGGCACCUGCUCCGCCGCGCUGGAAGUCAGCGAGCAGCAGCGCAGACAUGCGGAGUCGCUCUGCGUGGCUGCGGAGGCCGCGCAAAAGCAUGCGGAGCAGUGCAGCCAGGAGGCGCAGAGCCGCAUGGCGGAGGCGGAGCGCCAAAGUGCUGCGGCGGAAGAGGUCCAGUCUGCCUUGCAGAAGCUGCAGGUGCAGGCCAAGGCGGAGCUACAGGCGCAGAGGGCAGAGGCGCAGCGCCUCACGGAGCAGUGCGUGGCUUUGAGCGCCUCCUGCGCUGCGGCCAAGAGCGCGCUGCAAGCGCACCAGGAGACUGCGGCCAAGGCGGAGCAAGCGGCUCUCGCGAAACAGGCUGAGAUCGACGUCCUCCAGAGCUCCCUCGCAUCUGUGCAGGACACCAACCGCACUCUGCGCUCCGAGCAGCUCGCAGCCAAAGCCGCUUCUGAGGAGGCGCUCAAGCAGCUGGAAGUGGCGCGGAAGGGCUUGGAGAAGGCAGAGAAGCAGCGGAACGAAGCGGAGGAGGAGGCCCUGCGCGCAGAGGAGGCGCAGCUGGCGCUGCAAAAGGCGCGGAAGGAGGCGAGCGAGCAGCUGCAGGAGAUGCAGACCCAGCACGGGGCGCUCCUGCAACAGCUGAAGGACCUCCAGGCGAGCAAUGAGGCGGAGGCGGCACAGGCCGGCGAGGCUGAGCAGGCCGCCACGAAGGCUAAGACGCAGCUGCAAGCCCAGGUGGCCGAGUCUCAGCGCCUCUCCGCGCUCUGCGCGCUCCGCGCCGGCCACUUGCGCGCCGCCACGCGGCGCGCGGAGGCGGCAGAGCGCCGCGCCGCCGCUGCGGAGGCAGAGCGCAAGAUCGCCUUGGCCGCCUCAGAGCUGGGCGAGGCCGAGGUGCGGCGCCUUGCCCAAGCCGGCGAGGUUUCGGUCUCCGCCGCUCCGAUGGAGGCGGACACCGAAGGAGACAGGCUGCUGGCGGAUUUGGAGGCUUUGCUGGAGCCGACUGACCUGGACCUGCAGGAUACGAAGGAGCCUGAGACGGAGGCGCCUGCAAAGAGACGAUGCGUGGAAGGCUUGCGCCGGCUGCGGCACAAGACUCGCCUCGAGACGCCGCUCAGCUUGUGAUUCGCCUGCGCUAGGGCACAUCAAGCCGCUGUGGGUAUUCUGGUUGGUGAAGUAUAGGAAUCGGUGCAGAGUGAGCCAUGAGCA